ACAUGUAAACAGCAUAGACGCACUUUUUUGAUCAUUCUGCCACAGGUGAGCGACAGAGAUGGGCAACAGGUCCUCGAUCCCGAGAGGUGACGCUCUGAGGAUCGUGAUGAUUGGGAAAACCGGUGUCGGGAAGAGCGCUGUUGGAAACACCAUCCUGGGUAAAAGGCGCUUUGAGUCCAAUGUGAGUUCAGAGUCGGUGACGGCCACCUGUGAGACGGAGCGAGCCAAAGGCCCCAGAAAGAUCCAUGUAGUGGACACGCCUGGGGUUCUGGACACGUCUAAAAGUGCAAAUAGCAUAAAGAAAGAAAUCGCUAAAUGCAUUCAGAUGUCGUCUCCUGGUCCACACGUCUUCCUGCUGGUGAUGCAGAUCGGCAGGUUCACCAAAGAAGAAGAAAACUGCGUCCAAGCCUUGGAGAAGCUCUUCGGACCGGAGGCGUCGAAUUACAUGAUCGUGCUCUUCACUCAUGGUGACAAGCUGUCUCAACAGGGGACGUCCAUCCAGGAGUACCUGCAAGACGGCAACCACAAACUGCGAGAGCUGCUAAACCGGUGCGGUAACCGCUUCCACGUCUUUGACAACACGAACAGGAAGAGCAGAUCUCAGGUGGUUCAGCUGAUCAAGAAGAUCGAUGAGAUGGUGGCGGCCAACGGAGGGACGUACUACAGCGAUGAUAUGUUCGAGCAGGCCGAGAAAAUGCUGCAGAAGCAGGAGACAAGAGAGACAGAGCAGCUUCCCGCCUUCCCCUUCAUGAACGAGCUGCUGCACAAGGUGAUCGUGUUCCAGGCCAUGCUGGCUGCAACUCGGGACCGCGCCAGUGACCCGGACUACAACCUGUACCGGAGCUCCUCUAACAGCUGACUCUGUGCUCUAGAGCCACAAAGAAACUGGACAAAGUGCCAUUAAUUCUUCAGUCGUUAAUGAGCUGUAUAACGGUAAUUAGCUGGAACUUCAGCUGCCUUAAUUUUGACAUAAAAUAGAAAAAGUGACUGAUUAAUCUCUUAAAUGCAUCAGAAACAGUUAUGUUUGUGUGAAGGUUCUGCUUUCAGAGAGCUGGAGGUUAAACAGCUGCUGACCUGAUGUUACAUGUUGUGAACAUAAUCAACAUUUUGAUCCCGAGCAGCUGCUGCUCACACAUUCAAUAUUAAACUCUCUUUUCUAGUGGUUCGAAUCAGGGUUGCGUCAGGAAGGGCAUCCGGCGUAAAACACGUGCCAAAUG